AUGGCCAAGAAGAAGAGCAAGAAGGCGGCGAGUGCUGCGGGCGAUGCAAACGAGCAGAAGGAGGCGUUGCGUGCGGGUGAUACUAGGUCGAAGCGAGUUGCAAGGCUGUUCACUGCGAUGCAGGAGAAAGGGGCGGCCUGGUACGGCCGGGAGCGCGAGGGCAUCGCGCUGAUCGAAGGGUUCCAGUCGGCGCUGCUGGCGGUUCGAGACGCGCAGGCUGUCAACAACAGCGAGAGGGACGUGUUGCUGGCUGGACUGGUUGGCAAUGCGGCGAUGGAUCCGUGGCUGGCGGAGGACCUGUACGAGCAGGUGCAGGAGCUGUCGGGCGGCUUCGAGGAGCUCCUGGAGCAGAUGUACGCGCUGCAGGAGCAAGCGAGGGAGAUUGGUGCGUUGGUUAUUGGGAUGGAGGUAGGUCUGGAGCUGGAGAGCUGA